UUUGGUAUUUUACGCCAUCGCCUAUCCAACGCCACAAUUUUCUUGGCACAAGUGUGCUCCAACCUGUACACAAAUUACCGAUGGAAUGAAGUAUAAGAUUGUUUCUGAGGACUUGGUAUCGAAUCUAACCGUGCUCAACAUUCAGCAGUCUGACUAUGGAAGCUAUCAAGUUGUCGUCAGUAACACCAUUGGUACAGCCUGGAUCGAGCAUUAUAACAUCCUUCGUCAAGCUAAACCGAGCGUGCCGGGAUACUUCCAUUACACACAACACUUGCAAAAUCAAACAACAGUGACUUUUUACUGGCUACCUGGAGAUAACGGAGGAUCUGUGCAGACAUUUAUUAUCGAAUACAAAACAACUGGCUCGCAAGUAUGGGAGCAACUUUCUGUUGUGGAGAACACAUCAACGCCACUGAUGAAUGCCAGCGUUGACAACCUAAGCACUGGAACGGAAUAUCAAGCAAGGAUAUUUGCUAGAAACAAGUUUGGAGCAUCAUAUGCUACUGACACAAUAACCUUUUUAACACCAGCCAGCACCACAAGAGCCACUCAUCAAUCGCUGUCCCAGGUUGGGUGUAUUGUUGGGGCAGUUGUGCCGGGGAUUUUGCUUGUUGGCUUCAUUUCGGUUCUUAUUUUCUUGCGUCUUACUAACCACAUCCACUUCACGAAGAAAGGUGUCCACGAAGGAUUGGCAACUGCUUCUACAACCAAAACAGCCGCUGCAGACGAUCCGGCAAACGUCACAAUGGCCCACUACGAGGCUCUUAGUGAGUACAUAAAUAUAGAAUAG